AGCCGACAGCACCUGCAGCCCGUUGCAGCCUGUGACGGGGUAAGGACCGGGGACGGGGGCAUGGCUUCUUAGACUCUUCCCCUCGGGGACAGGCCGGGGCAGAGUCCAGUCAAACUCAGUGGAGCCCCAGUGCAGGGGAGGAGGGAGCCCUCCGCACCCCAAUACACACAGAGGGCAAGAUGAAGAAGAACCAAUCGGUGCAAGGGACCUUCAGCAAACUCUUUGGAAAGAAACAUACACCUCCCACGACCACCUCCUUGUAUGCCACCAACCCCCCCUGGAUCUUCACCCAGGAGGUCCCCGUAGAGGGGACCAGGAACUUUGAUGGAAUUUAUUAUGGAGACAAUCAUUUUAAUACAGUGAGUGAGUCAGGAACUGCCACCCUCAAGCCUCGGCCAAGAGUCCGCCCCCUGUUAACCUUCUUACCCCUGAACGCACAGGAAAACCAUGGACUGGCUGUGCCAACCCCAUCUGUCCCUGAGGAUUUUGUGGGCAAAGAUGUAACAAAUAAAGGUAGCAGCCUGCAAGUCAACGGUAACCUCCGACUCUACAGCUCUGUGGGUGACCUAAGGUCUGGGCACUAUAGUGAAGAGCCCGUCAUUCCCCCACCCCCUGUGGGUCCAGCCCCAGGACCACCUCCUGAGGUCUCCAUGUUCAAGGCGGAGUCUCCACCCCCUCCCCCACCUUCCAUGGCACCCCCACCUCCUCCCCUACUGCUGGAACCGCAACCCCCACCCCCACCCAACAUGGCCCCACCUCCACCACCUAUGCCCAAGUCUCUGUCUCCCCCAUCUACACUCUCUUCCCCACCAACGCCCACCCCUCCGGACUUUAUCCCUCCAGCCCCACCUCUAGCCUUCUUGGCACCCCCGCCCCCUCCUAUGCCAGCACCUGGACCCCCUGUCCCGGAGUCUCCUUGUACCCCAACAGGGCCUCGGCUCUUCCCUUCCGCUGGUGUCACCAAAUGGAAAUCAGAGACUGUGCUAAAUGGAGGGCAGUCUGAGGCCCACAAGAACAGCCCUCCCAGAAGCCCUGCUGCCCCUCCUACUGAGUCCAAGCCUGACUCCCAUCUUACCUUCCCCCGUUCCUUAAAGGUGCCCCCUCCAGCACCUGUCAGGACCUCAUCCAUCCCAGUUCAAGAGUCUCCUGGGGAUCCCCAAGAGGAGAAGGAGACUCCUAAGAAGGUCUCAAACCGGCUUCCCUUACCACCCAGCUUCCAUAUUCGCCCUGCAUCCCAGGCAUACCCUGAUGGGAUUCAGGAGCCAGAUGGCCCCAGGAAGCUUCAAAACACUGUGCCAGCCAGUCCUCAACCUAGCCAAACCAGCCCCAGAAUAAACAGCAGAACAGCAACACCACCCCCAGCCUCUCCAUUGCCACCCCCAGCACCCUCUCUCCCUCCAGAAGCACCCCCUCUCCCUCCAGAAGCACCCCCUCUCCCUCCAGAGGCUCCCCCUCUCCCUCCAGAGGCUCCCCCUCUCCCUCCAGAGGCUCCCCCUCUCCCUCCAGAGGCUCCCCCUCUGCCUGUGAUCAAAAAGGUCCCAGUAUCAGUGACAGGGCUUGGGAAAGGCCCCAAACUAAGUUCUCCCAUCCCCAAACCCAAAACUCCCACCCCAGUGGCUGAGGUCUCCUCAGAUCCUGUGGACUGGCGGGAUCCCAAACAAAUGGACAAGCUGAGAAGUGAGCUGGCCGCCUACCUCUGUGGUUCAAGGAGAGAAGAACGCCCUCCCUGCAAUGGGAUUAGUCCCACACCUCCCGCCAAAGUUGGAGAGAACAGAAACAAGAGCCCCAAUUUACCCAAGAAAGAAUCUCCCCCAAGCCUGACUCUCCCACCUGUGGACUACGCCUCAGCUGAUCCCCCGACUCCAAGUGUCCAGCGCAUCAGGAGUGAGCUGGAAGCCUUGAUAUCCCCCUCACUGGAGAAGGAAGCUAAGCCGGCUACAGGUCUCAUAUCCCCUAAGCCCCCACCAGAAGCCAGAAGAAUAGUUGAGAAUGGGGCUGGGGAUACCAAACUUCCUAAGCCAGUGGCCAAGAAGCUCCCACUUCUGCCCACCCCACCCAAACCUGAAGCAGAGAAGGAUCCAGACGUCCCCACAGCCAGAACUGUUGGACCAGGGGAGAAAGCCACAGAACCUCAACCUUCAACAGUACCUUCUCCCCUCAAGGCUAAGGGUUCCCCUUUGGUGCCUCCGAAACCUAAUAAGAUGGUGACACCUCCUUCCCCUGCCCCUGCACCAAAGACUCCCUUAGCACAAGAGGAGGUGCCGGUUCUCUACAAACCCCACCAGGGCCAAGACCAAGCACACUCUGGCCAGGAGGCUAUUGUAGUAACACGCUGCCCUGCCAAGAAGGAGCCUCAAGGAAUACAGGAAAAUGAAAGCCCAUCAGUCAAGACCCCUGGAGAAGAUCAGUCUGACAGGGAGGUCCUUAGACACCCAGUGACAGGGGAGGUGGUGGAAAGGGGAUCUCCAAUGGCCUUACUCCUCGCUGCCAAACAGAGGGCCCAGAAGGGACGGGCUAGGGGAAGUGCCCUGGGCCGGUCCUCAUUGCCAGGGAGUCUCCGUGGCAACAGAAAUCAAUCAGAGUCUGUCUCUGAAAGCAUCAUCUACAGUGAGGUCAGGCCCAACUCCUUCACAGUUGUGCCUAAGCCCAUGAGAGAGGUAGAGCAGGCUCCCCAGAUGUCUGCACCAACUCAGCAUGACAGACCCAGCAAGUGGGGAUCCCCAUCCCCAAGAGGGCCAGUGACUGCAGAGUUCCAGCCUAGGCAGAGAUGGUCAGAGGAAGAGCCUCAGGCCUCACUGGUCCAGGAAAGACCGGCCUCUUCCUACAGCCCCCAAAGCCACCCGCUGCCCAAGUCCUUCUCUUCGCCAUCCUCCCCUUCAUACAAAGGAGGGGAGGACGAGGUAGAAGAAUUCAACUUUGAGGUCAUCCCACCACCCCCUGAGUUCAGCAAUGAUGCUGAUCUUUCUAACCCACCUCCUGCUCCAGCUCCAGCUCCGGUCCCAACCCCAGCCUACCUGGGCCACAGGGGUUCACCUCUGCGAAGCAGCUUCUCGGACUAUGGCCAGACCCUGGACCUAGGCCUUCCAGGCUACGAGCGGCCAUCACCCUCAGGAUCCCCAGGAAAUAGCUACUCCCGCUACUACCCUGGUGUCCACUACGGUGGGGGUGGGGGCUUGGAACGUUUCUCAAGUGGGGGCCGGAGCUCCCUCAUUAAGAAACGCCUAUACCUCAAUGAACCGAGGAGAAGCCCUGGACCCCCACGCUGUGGCCCCGGAGGUGGAACUGCCCGAAGUCUGAGUACCCCAAAUGCCUUUGGGCCUCAGCCUGGUGGGACCUAUGGGUCUGGGCCUGGAGGAACAGAGAUGCGACGGGUUAAUUCUUCAGGCCGGGCGCCCGGAGGUCUGCACACCCGAAAGCUAUCCCUAGAAGGGACUGGAAGGAAUGGACCCUAUGCAGGAGGGGGAGUUAGCAGUGGUGGACCUGGGGAGAAUCUAUACAAAGUAUCUAAUACAGACUACAGCUUUGCCCCAGCACCCAGCAGGCCCUCCCCGAGCAGUGCUAAAUACAGCAGUCCCCUCAACACCUUCACAGUGCGGCCUGGAACCCGACAGCCCAUUUCCUACGUGUACUCUGGAGCGCAUCGAAAAGCUGCAUCCUGAGCCUGCUUCAGUGGGCUGGAACUUAGCUGAGAGACAGAUGGACAAAUGCGAAGCAGUCUUCUGGAGAGAAUGAAAGGCUCCUGUUUGGGUUUUGUUUGACAGAACACUGUCAUUAACACCUGAAUCGACUUAGAUGUUGGAGGGGAGGGAAGGAAAGGGGAAGACACUUGGCUAGGAUCCUUGAUUAGCCAAAGCCCAAGUUUCUGGCAGGUUAGAGCCCAUGCCCCCAGAAAUAUUUAUGCAAAAAAUUUUAUGAGGUUUUUAAAAGUUCAAACCAUAAACAGCCUGUGAUCAGACUACAAUAACAGGGAAACUAUCCACAACCCCCAGGUCUACCAAGGGCUAGAAGUCCUAAUUGGAACCCCAUGGGAUUCCUAAUGGGGCCCCAUAGAAUAGGUGGCCCUCAAAUAUUGUUCUGAAUGCUUGCUACUUCUGGGAGAGGGCCUGGCCAUGUCCCAGGGGAGUUGGGGGGGGUGGUCUUUGACUAUAGCCAGUCCCAAAGUUUUCACUCCCUACAAUGGAAGGGCCCCCUGACCCACUCCCACCCAGAACCACUCCACUAACGUGGGGGCCCAAGAAGAUCAAAGUGCCUUGGACUGCUGUUUGCCUUAGGUAGGGGAAGGGAGGAGGGACACUGUAUUUUUUCCAUUUCCUUAGGCCAGGAAUAGGGGAAGUUGAGUCAUAUGUCAAGGGGAAUGGUGAAUGGGACUUGCUUCACAAUUCAAGUCUAGGUCUUCUUAGCCAUGAUUUUGGGAUCAGAACACAAAGGAGCCAGAAGACUGGGGUUCUAGGGCUUGGCUUUGGGGUCAUUAGCUUAGCCAGGCCUUCCGUUGGGUUUGGGAGGAGAAAUUCUCUCUCUAUUCCCACAACCCACCCCCUCAAGAAAAUUGUUCGCUACAAAUAUUAUUGAGGUUUUAAAACCCAUAGCUAAGGGAUUGAGAAUAAGGGGAGAUAGGGCAGCUAGGUGGCGCAAUGAGUGGAGCACUGGCCCUGGAGUCAGGAGGAC